AUGGCUCUUUUUUCGGCGACGAAAGGAACUUCGGCAUUAUCAGCUGCGGCAGAUGGCAGCAUGGGCCUUGAAAGUGGCCACCUUCGGCUUUGGAGUGCGGAGAAUCCGGCGCUGUACUACAUGGUUUUGGAGCUGCGUCAUGCGACCCGUGGAACCUUAGAAUAUGAGUCAUGUCAACUGGGCUUCCGGCAGACAGAGGUACGACAUGCUCGGUUGUUACAUAACGGUCAUCCCGUUAUGCUACGCGGGAUUAACCGCCAUGAGUGGGACGAGCGCCGCGGCAAGGCCCUUACCGAGGAGCACAUGAUUCGAGACAUUUUGCUGAUGAAGCAAAACAACUUCAAUGCGGUUCGCUGCUCGCACUAUCCGAACCACGUCCGAUGGUACGAGCUGUGUGCGUACUAUGGGUUGUACGUCAUUGACGAGGCGAACGUGGAAACGCACGGCUUCGAUCCGAGUUUUACGGACCCCGAAACAGGUGACGUCAUCGUGACCGGCGGCUACUGCGGCCUGCGACUGUGCAUCGGCGGCGCCAGCGGCUGCAUCGAGGCGUACGGCAUUAGCUGCAGCGGCGGCGACGGCGGUGAAGAGCUUCUGGCUGCACCUCUGGAGCCGUGCUUCUUCCGCGCCUGUACGGACAACGAUCGGGGCGGCAGCGGCGGCAGUAGCCAUGCGGCGCGCUGGGCCCUCACCUCUCUGGUGGAUCGAGGGCUCGAGCAACGACCCAUCAUGUUGUGCGAGUACGCGCACUCCAUGGGGAAUAGCACCGGUAAUUUGGAUCAGUACUGGACGGCCUUCCACUCGCACCCGUCCCUAGCCGGCGGAUUUAUCUGGGAUUGGGCGGACCAGUGCCUUACGACGGUCACCCGCCGGGGCGAUGGGAGCGAGGUGGAGUAUUGGGCGUACGGCGGUGAUUUUGGCGACGCGCCUAAUGACGGCCAGUUUUGUUGCAACGGACUCGUCUUUCCCGACCGUUCGCCGCACCCCGCAUUGUAUGAGGCAAGAGCAGUUAUGGCGCCGAUCGCGUUCGAGUGGGUUGCUGACGAGGAAGCUGCUGCUGCUACAGCUGCUGCUGGCGUAGCUGCGGCAUCGCCACUCGUACUGCGCAUCAGCAACAAGUACGACAUUUGCGCAACGUCAAACAUUGCCGUACAAUGGCGUCUGCUGCUGAACGGCAAGCCUGCGCUGGUCAAGGAAAUGGUGGCGGCGGCACGGGAGGCUGCGCCGGAGGUUGUCGUACAUGUGCGGGUCGAAGCGGCCGCCGCCGCCGAUGCCGCUGCACCGCUUUAUGAUGGAGGCUGGUACGACGUCGAUGCCGGCGCCUCCGCUGACGUGGCGCCUCGGUCGACGGCGAUGCUACAGCUGCCAGUAACGGCUGAGAUGCUGUCGGCGGCGCUGGCGAGCUCCGCGGUGACGGAGCCAGCUGCCGCCACGGCAUCAUCAGGCCCGGAGGGCGAGAUUCGCAUCCAAGCGUUGUAUGAUGUCCGACCCACGGGUCAUGUGGUCAUCUCCUGGCGUAUGGACGCUCGUCACGCGCUGCCCGCGACGUUGCCGGCGGGCUUGGUGCCGUCCCUGGCCAGGGUGGGGGUCCGCGGCGCGGCGCCGGGCCGGCUCAGCAAGGUGACGUGGCUGGGCGCCGGACCGCAUGAGAGCUACUCGGAUCGCAAAGCCGCCGCGCGUGUCGGACAGUACGGCGCUGCCGUACGAGAGAUGCGCGUGCCGUACGUGUUUCCUCAGGAAUCUGGCGGCCGUGCGGAUCAUAGUAUGGAGGCCAUUCACGCCGCUCGACACGAGUACGAGAUUUCGCCGGAUCCAGAUGGUCGUACAUUUUUCCACCUUGAUCACCAGCACAUGGGUGUUGGCGGUGACGACAGCUGGAGCCCUUCCGUACAUCCUGAGUUUCUGAUUCCGCCCGCCGUGUACGAAUGGACCAUGCUGCUGUUGCCCUGCGGGUCGCCGCUCGACGUGGAAUGUAGCAACUGCCCAACACGCAAGAAUUCGGUGUGUGAGUUCACUGUCGGUUGUCGGUUGUCAGUUGUUGGUGAACUGGUCACCGAUGGUCAUGCUGAGGGGGGGGGUCCGUCAUGGUCACACACCUACCACGGUCACCCAGACGGACAGACAGACAGACUAGCAGACAGAUAUAGAGCCUCGGAACUGAUGAUGACGAGUAAUGGUGCGGGUGAGGGUGUGGGUGAUGGUGUGGCACCCAUGUGCAGCCCCACGGUCAAACCCGCUUGA